AUGAUGAUGCUGAUGAUGACGACUAUGGUAAAACCGAAAUUAUUCAUUAGCGAGGGUACGAAGGUUCGAGGUAGAGAUCGUCUUGUGGGUUCACACGACUAUGAGCAAAUUAAAGACAUAACGAAAUUGAAAAUUGAUUGCAAUCCAUUUGCAAAGGGCUUCCGGGACUCCGCUCGGCUGUCAGAUUUUGAACGGGAAUCGAUGGAGACUCUACUGGCCACACAUACCGGUACUGGCAACGGCGGAGUAAUUGCCAGUCUGUCCAACCAAUUUCGCAAUUACCUGCCCUCGGGCACUGAACGGACAUCGGAGGCGGCUGAAGACGAGGCUCUACCACCGAAACGCGCACCCACACCAACCUUCCUCCAUCCCUCGGUGCUGCAUCAGCUGACGGAAGUGCUCAGCUCCCCGAGCAAAAUGCACGCCUUGUACAGGCGGCCCAGCGAUGGGGAAGAUUUGGUGAAACGGCUGAAUUCCCUACAGCGUCACUAUCAGUCGCAGCCGGGUAUCACCACCACC